AUGGCUUGCGUGGACGACACUCUCACAGCCGCGACUGCUGUGCUGCAGUCUCUUGCUAGAGACGAGCCGACGCCUGGCUCCUCAUCACCCCCCUUCGAUUUCUCAUUACCAUCCGCCAACGGGACGAAACCUAAACUGCCUGGAGAGAAUACCGCUGCAAAGGCCGCCUUCGAAGCCGAGUUGGAGGCCUUGGUGCGUCGCGUGCAUCAUCUGGAAUUCCAAGCUGUCAGUCAUCAUAAUCUCCCCGACAACCCCCAAGAGAAAAUCCCGUCUGCCCUCGGAUCCAACAAGAAGAAUCCUGAUUUUCUGUGGACCUUUGGACUCCAUCGCUCGUCGUCCGGUCAAGGUUCUGACUCUUAUUGCCACUCACAGCAGCAAAAUUUGAAUCAACCCGAUCGGCGAAAGCAAACUUCCUCGGCUCCCGAUGCGCCCAUGGUGAAAGACCUUGUCGACGAUGAAACAGACGACGAGGACGAGACUGGAUCACGCACGCAGGUGGUCCGCGAAGAGGAUAUCAGUAUCCUCCGCAACCAUGUUCAAAAGCAGGCCGAGGAGAUUAGCAUUCAGAAAGACAUCAUCGCGGGAGUCCGCGAGGAAUUGCUGAAACAGGAAGAACACACCCGCCGCGCCCUUACCAAAGUCGAAAACGAAGAUGUCACCCUCCUGGAACGGGAGCUACGGAAACAUCAACAGGCCAACGAGGCUUUCCAGAAAGCGUUACGGGAAAUCGGCGGCAUCAUUACUCAGGUCGCCAACGGUGAUCUGUCCAUGAAAGUUCAAAUUCACCCGCUAGAGAUGGACCCGGAAAUCGCCACUUUCAAACGAACGAUUAACACUAUGAUGGACCAAUUACAAGUUUUCGGUAGUGAAGUAUCCCGAGUCGCCCGAGAAGUCGGAACAUAUGGAAUACUAGGUGGACAGGCUCAAAUUACCGGUGUACAUGGCAUCUGGAAGGAACUCACGGAGAACGUGAACAUCAUGGCCAAGAAUUUGACGGAUCAAGUGCGAGAAAUUGCUACGGUUACCACGGCUGUUGCUCAUGGUGAUCUCAGUCAAAAGAUUGAGAGUCGAGCACAAGGUGAAAUUUUGGAACUGCAACAGACAAUCAAUACCAUGGUGGACCAACUACGGACAUUUGCAACUGAGGUAACGCGAGUGGCGCGUGAUGUCGGAACGGAAGGCGUACUCGGUGGACAAGCUCAGAUUGACGGCGUCCAAGGCAUGUGGAACGAGCUUACGGUCAAUGUGAACGCUAUGGCCAACAAUCUUACAACGCAAGUGCGUGACAUCGCUACUGUCACCAAGGCUGUGGCCAAGGGUGAUCUGACGCAGAAGGUUCAAGCCAACUGCAGAGGAGAGAUUGCUGAACUGAAGGACAUUAUCAAUUCCAUGGUGGACCAGCUGCGCCAAUUCGCGCAGGAGGUCACAAAGAUCGCCAAGGAGGUCGGAACUGAUGGUGUAUUGGGUGGCCAGGCCACCGUGAAUGAUGUCGAAGGCACAUGGAAAGACCUUACCGAGAACGUCAAUCGGAUGGCGAACAACUUGACUACCCAAGUGCGUGAAAUCGCAGAUGUCACCACAGCUGUCGCCAAGGGUGAUCUGACCAAGAAGGUCACCGCCAAUGUCCAGGGAGAAAUCCUUGAUCUGAAGAGCACCAUCAACGGCAUGGUGGAUCGACUUAAUACGUUUGCCUUUGAGGUCAGCAAGGUCGCCCGUGAGGUCGGUACUGAUGGAACGCUGGGGGGCCAGGCCAAGGUCGAUAAUGUGGAAGGAAAAUGGAAAGAUCUCACCGACAAUGUCAACACCAUGGCGCAAAAUCUGACCUCACAAGUACGAAGUAUCUCAGAUGUCACCCAAGCUAUCGCCAAGGGUGAUCUCAGCAAGAAGAUCGAGGUACAUGCGCAGGGAGAAAUCUUAACUCUCAAAGUCACCAUAAAUCACAUGGUGGGUCGACUUGCCAAGUUCGCUAUGGAGCUGAAGAAGGUCGCUCGCGACGUCGGUGUCGACGGCAAAAUGGGUGGGCAGGCCAACGUGGAAGGCAUAGCUGGAACUUGGAAGGAAAUCACGGAGGACGUGAAUACAAUGGCCGAAAACUUAACAUCACAAGUGCGUGCCUUUGGUGAAAUCACAGAUGCCGCCACAGAUGGUGAUUUCACCAAGUUAAUCACGGUUAAUGCCUCGGGGGAGAUGGAUGAACUGAAGCGCAAGAUCAAUAAGAUGGUCUCGAACUUGAGGGACAGUAUUCAACGAAAUACUGCUGCCAGGGAAGCAGCUGAACUUGCUAAUCGUACGAAAUCCGAGUUCCUGGCCAACAUGUCCCACGAGAUCCGAACUCCCAUGAACGGUAUCAUUGGAAUGACUCAGCUGACGCUGGACACCGAUGACUUGAAGCCGUACACGCGUGAGAUGUUGAAUGUGGUGCACAACCUAGCCAACAGCUUACUCACAAUUAUCGAUGAUAUACUGGAUAUCUCAAAGAUUGAAGCCAACCGCAUGGUCAUUGAGAGCAUUCCGUUUACCGUGCGGGGAACAGUCUUCAAUGCCUUGAAAACUUUGGCUGUCAAGGCUAACGAGAAGUUCCUGAGCUUGACUUACCAGGUGGAUAACACUGUGCCUGACUACGUUAUUGGUGACCCCUUCCGUUUGCGCCAGAUCAUCCUAAACUUGGUUGGUAACGCCAUCAAGUUCACGGAGCAUGGAGAGGUCAAGCUCACGAUCCGAAAAUCCGAUCGAGAGCAGUGCACUACCAAUGAGUACGCCUUUGAGUUCUCUGUCUCGGACACUGGUAUUGGUAUCGAGGAAGACAAGUUAGAUCUGAUUUUCGAUACUUUCCAGCAGGCUGAUGGCUCUACCACUCGCAGGUUCGGUGGUACUGGUCUCGGUUUGUCUAUUUCCAAGCGUCUGGUGAACUUGAUGGGCGGUGACGUUUGGGUUACCUCCGAAUAUGGCCAUGGUAGUACGUUCCACUUCACCUGUGUGGUCAAGCUGGCCGACCAGUCCUUGAGCGUUAUUGCAUCACAGCUUUCGCCAUAUCGGAGCCACAGGGUCAUGUUCAUCGACAAGGGGAAAAACGGUGCUCAAGCUGCCAAUGUUUUGAAGAUGCUGAAGCAGAUUGACUUGGAGCCCUUGGUCGUGAAGAACGAGGAGCAUGUUCCACCACCGGAAAUUCAAGACCCCUCUGGGAAGGAGUCUGGUCAUGCUUACGAUGUCAUCAUCGUUGACUCGGUGGAUACUGCCCGCAUUCUUCGAACAUUUGAUGAGUUCAAGUACAUCCCGAUUGUUUUGGUCUGUCCUCUGGUCUGCGUCAGUCUCAAGUCUGCCCUGGACCUGGGUAUCAGCUCAUACAUGACAACGCCCUGCCAGCCGAUUGAUCUUGGUAAUGGUAUGCUCCCAGCUCUGGAAGGACGAUCGACGCCGAUCACGACGGACAAUUCUCGCUCUUUCGAUAUUCUGCUUGCGGAAGACAACGAUGUGAAUCAGCAACUGGCAAUGAAGAUUCUCCAGAAACACAAUCACAACGUCUUUGUCGUCGGCAACGGCUUGGAGGCUGUGGAAGCAGUCAAGAAGCGUCGCUACGAUGUCAUCCUGAUGGACGUCCAGAUGCCCGUCAUGGGUGGUUUCGAAGCCACCGGCAAAAUUCGGGAGUACGAGCGUGAAAGCGGUUUACAACGAACUCCUAUCAUCGCCCUCACAGCCCACGCCAUGUUGGGUGACCGGGAGAAGUGUAUUCAGGCUCAAAUGGACGAGUACUUGUCGAAACCACUCAAGCAGAACCAGAUGAUGCAAACCAUUCUCAAAUGUGCCACUCUUGGUGGUUCCCUCUUAGAGAAGAGCAAGGAGUCACGCAUUUCCAGCAGUGGAGAGAUGCACCCCAUCCACUCCUCGGUCUCAUCUGACAACCAGAACCAGCAGCAGCAGCCGCGCUCUAAGAACCAACAGCCGUUGCCCGCACCGCCGCGACCAGGUGCCGCCCGAGCUGCCACUACCACUGCUGUUCCCAGAGAGGAGCUCGUCAGCCGGAUCUCUGCUGAGGAUAAACAUGAAGAGAUGAUCGAUGAUCGGGUACGUUAG